GUACUAUUUGAUGCUGCGAAAGACGGACAAAACAUAGCGCCGAAAUAUGUACAUAGAACUACAAGAACUAUACGAAUCACUACGACGGCGAACGUGUUUUGGUCGACUAAUUGGAUAUGCGCUGACGAUGGUACCCGGAUCUACAGUCUAUGGAAAGACCUUAUGCAGACUAUCGAAGAGAGGAAUAUGGAACGUGUCACAGAAGCCAAGAGCGCAGUGGAAGAUGCCCAACACGAAUGGCGCCGCAAACGAGAGGAGAGCGACGAGAAGUUUGUUCUUCGCUACUUCGAGAGACACGACGGACGGUGGGAGCCUAAACUCGAGAUCCCUCGAUAUGAUUCUUCUGAAGCUAUACUAGAUGCAGUGCAGACCUGAAUAUGGCCUCCCAAGGCAGAAUC